AUGGUUGAAUCAGUAACACUACAAGAUCAACCACCAAUGGAGAAUCCAAUACAAUUCAUAUCAAUAAUUUCAAGGAAUGAAAAACCAAUAUAUAUACAACAAUUUAAUACAGAUACAAAGAAUGUUAAUAAAUUUUUGAAAUAUAAUUUUCUAAGUCAUAUGGCAUUAGAUUUAUUUACUUCACCUACUUCAUUAAGUUUAAAAGAACAACAAGGGAAUAAUGAUAUAAUAUUAUUAUUUAUACAAGAUCAAAUUAUGGUGUAUGGAUAUGAGACAAAUAAUGGGUUAAAGAUACUAAUUGGAUUAAAUCAAAAUUAUACAAUUGAUUUGAAAAAGUUGAAGGUGUUGUUUUUAAAUAUACAUAAACUGUAUUUAAAGAUAUUAUUUAACCCAUUUAACCAAAUGAGUCAAGAGGAUGAGAUUGAAAAUAAAUCAUUUGAUGAAAAUUUAAAAAAAUUGGUAAGUGAAUUUAUAUGA